ACCAGCCGUCCUGGAUGAUACCAGCCAGGAGCAUGGAGGUGAACACAACUGAUAAAGCUCUUCUUUCAGUUGAUGGCACCGCGACGCUCUCCGGUUGCAGCUAUCAUUCCGAAGGCACCGCUGUUGACACGCAUUUGCAGUGCGCGUCGCACUGGAGACAUUCAGAGCCGAAGGCGCGAGUGGUGCGCUCCUCCAGCACCGGAAUGCGUCCCUCGUCGUCUGAACGCAAACCUAGGAGACCUCUAGAUCCCUUUUCCGCGUCUCAGCUCCAUAAAACAAAGCAUAUGAGAUAUGCGAGUAAAAACGACGAUCUGGUCAGCAUAAAACCCAGUCACUACCGGCGCAUAGUUGUGCUCGGCGCGCCCCGAGUCGGUAAAACGGCGAUUAUACGCCGCUUUUUGGGUAAAGAUGGAUUCGAGGAACAGUACGAGCCAACGACCGAAGACUUCCACAGCAAACUCUACCACAUCCGAGGAGAGAGAUACCAGUUAGACAUCCUAGACGCGUCCAAAGAGAGAGACUUCCCGGCCAAGCGAAGACUGUCUAUUCUGACAGGUGACAUAUUCCUGCUGGUGUUCAGCGUAAUCGACCGAGAGUCGUUCACGGAGAUCUGCUCGUUACGCGAGGAGAUAGUUACUUCCAAAUCCAAACUGACCAAGUCCAAAGAAAACAGACCGCUUCCGAUAAUAAUCUGUGGCAAUAAAACUGAUUUAAACUCCUCGAGAGCUGUGCAGGACUCCGAUGUCCGCCAGUCCCUCGGGGAGGAAAGUGUCCUCUUUGAGGUGUCUGCUAAAGACUACACCAACCUGGAGGAGAUGUUCGAGUCCCUGGCGGUGCUGGGAGGACUCCCCACAGAAACCAGACCCUCUCUCCAUCGAGACAUCUCCAUCCACACGUAUCAAGCGCUGAGCAGCAGAAAGCGAAACAAAAGAGCCAUGAAAGAGCCGUGUGGCGCGGUGCACCCGCUCGCCCGCAGACCGAGUUUCAGUAGCGAUCUGCGGCGCGUGAUGGGCCCGAGCACCCCUAAACGAAGCACACCUAUUGAGAGGUGUCAAAUACAGUAAAAGAGUAACGCUAGGGACUCUGUUUCAAACCCAUGAAUAAUAAUUAUUCAACGACGUAAGAAUUAUUAUAUUCUAUAAGUCCCUGGCUGGACCAUGGGGCAGAUUCUACACACUGACAAAGUAUUUGUGAAAUGUAUUUAUUAUAACCCUGUUGGAAAGUCGGGCUUAAGAUGGUAUAGCUAGUCAAAACUAGUCAUUAUCAGGUGUAAACUGGUUCAUAAAAUGGUAACAAACCAGCAGCUUUGAAUCUUGGUCAAAUUAGUUGUUCAUUUUUUGGCACAAUGAGGCAAAUCAACCACAAUGUAAAAAGACAUGUAACCUGACAUUGUUAUCCUAAACAGCUUUUUCGAC